CCAUCACUGGUGGUCAGACGUGUCCAGAUUUCCCCGAAAUCCUGCCAAUUCCUCGAGCGCGGAGAACUGGAUGAGCAUGCGCAGUUAGAAAGUUGAUCAGGAAGUUUUUAAUAAGUUUGUGGAGUCGUAACCUGGCGCGCAAGGCAAAGUUUAUGGUCCACUUUCAGUCUUCGGCUCUCUUUUGAAGAUGUCCAUGAUGAUUUCUGAUAAUGAGUUGGACGAACUGGCAGAAAUCGAGUUGCAGAAGGACGAAGAGGAGGAAGAGCAAAGGGAGGCGUCGUCUCCGCCCUCCACACUCAGCGAUGCUGUGACGGACACCUCCCACCCAUACUAUGAUGUAGCACGCCAUGGCAUUCUUCAAGUCACAGGUGAUGACAACUACGGUCGGAAGCUCAUCAUAUUCAGCAGCUGCUGCAUGCCCCCCUCACACCAGCUCAACCACCACAGACUACUGGAGUACCUGAAGUUCACACUGGAUCAGUAUGUGGAGAGCGACUACUCGGUGGUGUACUUCCACUACGGCCUGCGCAGCACCAACAAACCCUCCAUGCGCUGGCUACGGGACGCAUACAAGGAGUUUGACAGAAAGUACAAGAAGAACCUGAAGGCUCUGUACGUUGUCCACCCCACAAACUUCAUCAAAAUAAUGUGGAACAUCUUCAAACCCCUGAUAAGUCAUAAGUUUGGGAAGAAGCUGACGUAUGUGAACUACCUGGCAGAGCUGAGGGAUCACCUGGACUACGAUCAGCUCAUCAUACCCCCAGACGUCAAGAGACAUGACGAGAAGCUGCGUGCCAGUCAGAAAGGUGGACCCCCGCCCUCAGUCAAAGUCCCACCCCCACGACCCCCCCUCCCCACUCAGCAGUUUGGGGUCAGCCUGCAGUAUGUCCGAGACAAAAACAACGGAGUUCGUAUACCGCCCGUGAUGACUCAAACUGUGUUCUUCAUCAAGGAAAAGGGCUUGCAGACAGAGGGCAUCUUCAGGAGGUCUGUACGAGUUCAACUCAUCAAGGACAUCAAGAAACUCUAUAACCUGGGUAAGCCAGUGGACUACCAGCAGUAUGGUGAUGUCCAUGUCCCCGCCGUCAUCCUCAAGACCUUCCUCAGGGAGCUGCCUGAACCCCUCUUCACCUUCGCCCUCUACGACCGCAUACUCGACAUCACCAGAGUUGAAAGCAGCCUUCGGGUGUCGACCUGCAAGCGCAUAGUGGAGUCCCUGGCUGAACACAACUACAUUGUGCUCAAGUACUUGGUCUGCUUCCUCAACAUGGUUUCCCAGCACAGUAUCGAGAACAAGAUGAGUCCCUCCAACCUGGCGUGCGUGUUCGGGGUGAACCUGGCACGCCCCCCUCAGGGCACCGUGUCCCUGCGUGCCCUCACCCCCCUCAACAUCUUCACCGAGCUGCUGGUGGAGCACUACGCCACCAUCUUCGGCUGCCGCUGCCCAGACGCACAGGUGCUGCCCUGAUGACCACCACCGGAAGGAAACCAGAAAUGUCCACAACACUGUUCUAUACUCCCAAAAAUAUUUUUAAAAUAAUAUUAAUAUAAUGUUAAUGGCACAGCAUUUCAGAUGCUCAGUCCUUUGGGAGUGAGUGUCCGAAACAUCGUGCCAUUAAAUAUUUUGAAGAACUGCACAUCCAAAAUGUUGUGGCAUUAAGUAUUUGGGAGCAUAGAAUAGUUUCGCGGACAUUCCUCAUUUCCUUUAAGUCAUUGGUGUGCCUGCAUUCUCUGCUUCAUCACUUGAAGGCUAACUGGUUCAGACGUUUGGUUCGUACCACACCUGCUUCAAACGUCCUUUGAAAAUUACGCUACAAUCUUCAGUUGUCGUCCAGAUGCACAGGUGCUCCCCUGACGAGUAUCUCCUGAACAUCAACCUGACCA